GUUUAUAUUUAUUUAUAUCUAAUAUCCAAAAAAAAGCUACCAAAUUAUUACAGUAAACAUUUGUCUACCAUGCUUAUUAAUAAAUCCCACAUGGAUAAUUACAGAUAAGCACAAUUUCAGUGUCUUUCAUUUCACUAAAUUGGAAUGCUGAUAUUACAGGACAAAAAAACAUGAGUGAUGUGGCCACUGAAAAACCAUAAUAGCAGUUCAGUUAGGUAUGUUGCAAGGUAAAAUAUAUUUCACUAUAUAAACAAAGUCAGAUCUCCAAUUUUUCUUAUCUUCUAAAAGUGCUUAUGAAAAUCGUCAGAUGUAUUCCAAUGUAGAUCUCCCAUUCAAUAGCUAGGAAAUAGGAGAGCAGUAGAGAUAGAAGAGAAACCUUAAACAAUUCUGCAGAGAAUAUUUUCUCCUUUUUCAUAGUACUCAUGUUUCUCAUGCUGAGAGUACUUGUGUACUUUGGGUUUUUUUGUUUGUUUGUUUGUUUGUUUUUGAGACAGAGUCUUGAUCUGUUGCCCAGACUGGAGUGCAGUGGCGUGAUCUCGGCUCACUGCAUGCAGCCUCCACCUCUCAGGCUCAAGUGAUUUUCCUGCCUCAGCCUCCCAAGUGGCUGGGAUCACAGGCACAUGCCACCAAGCCCAGCUAAUUUUUGUAUUUUUAGUAGUGAUGGGGUUUCACCAUGUUGGCCAGACUGGUCUCCAACUCCUGGCCACAAGUGAUCUGCCAACCUUUCCCUCCAAAGUGCUGGAAUUAUAGGCAUGAGCUAAUAGACACUUUGGGUUUUAAGAAAGAAAUUCCUUUAAGGAGAAUAUUUUCUAGCUGACUUGAUCAAUUUCAUAUCUAACCAGAAUGGUGUUCUUAAGAUGCCUUUAACUUUUUUAUCUCAAUAUAAUCUUGCUCAGACUGAAAGCUGUUUUUCUCUCCAGUGCUUUGUGUGGCUGUUCCAGGGGUCCUAUUAGUAUCCCUUGGGGUCUGUGAAUAAGGUGAGCUGUCACAGUGAGAAGUCUUAGACAUAUUUCUAUCUGGUCUCAUGCUGGAAAUCCAGCAGUAUUUUUUCAUGUCACCAUUAUAAAUAAAAACUGAGGCUGAAACGCUGCUAGCAUUCCCAUUAUUGUGAAGGUGCAAUUCUACCCAGAAGGUCUGCAGCCUCUCCUCCUGAUAGUCAGGCUUCACUCUUUGAUAUGAAACCAUGUGCUGCUGUGGCAAUUCGGAUUCAUGUAAAAUGUGAUCUACCAGCUGUGAGCCUUGUGCUGUGGGCUGUACCUCAGUGGCAGAUGAUAGGGCUUCAAGAGGGGACACUAGCCAUCAAGAGAGGACAAGCAGGAUUUCUAUAACCCAGUGGUCAGGGAGUAGAGAGUCAUUGCUUUUUUUUUUUGAGACGGAGUUUCGCUCCUUACCCAGGCUGGAGUGCAAUGGCGCGAUCUCGGCUCACCGCAACCUCCGCCCCCUGGGUUCAGGCAAUUCUGCCUCAGCCUCCCAAGUAGCUGGGAUUACAGGCACGCGCCACCAUGUCCAGCUAAUUUUUUGUAUUUUUAGUAGAGACGGGGUUUCACCAUGUUGACCGGGAUGGUCUCGAUCUCUUGACCUCGUGAUCCACCCACCUUGACCUCCCAAAGUGCUGGGAUUACAGGCUUGAGCCGCUGUGCCCGGCCGGAGAGUCAUUGCUUUAAAAUGUAAAUAGCCAAAAAGGAUACCACCCUGGUCAACCAUUUGUGUAGAAGAGUGAGAGCCUGAGUCCAGCAGGCACCUGGCUUCAAGUUGCAAAACUACCUCAUAGCAUGAAGAUGUGAAAAAUUUAUUUUAUUAUUGAAUAUAACAAAUUAGUAUGCAUAAAUGGCUUCUCCAAUUUCCAGGUAAAUUCAGGAUUAACUACUUAUGACAUGGCGCUGUAUAUUCUUCUACUUGUGGGAUAUUAUGGUGACCAUCUUUCUGUCUUUGCAGUCUGUUAAGCAGAUUGACUGUGAUGCAUGAUGCAUUCAAAAUUAAUUGUGUAAUAAAACACAUUUCUUAUUUAUUUAUUUUUUGUGAUGGAGUCUUGCUCUGUUGCCCAGGCUGGAGUGCAGUGGCACGAUCUCAGCUCACUGCAACCUCCGUCUCCCAGGUUCAAGCAAUUCUCCUGCCUCAGCCUCCCAAGUAGCUGGGACUAGGCCUGUGCCACCAUGCCCAGCUAAUUUUUGUAUUUUUUAGAAGAGACGGGGUUUCACCAUGUUGGCCAGGAUGGUCUUGAUCUCUUGACCUCGUGAUCUGCCCGCCUCAGCCUCCCAAGGUGCUGGGUUUACAGGCGUGAGCCACUGCUCCUGGCUUAAUUUUUUGUAUAUUAGUAGAGAUGGGUUUCACCAUGUUGACCAGGCUCGUUUGAACUCCUAACUUCAGGUGAUUCACCUGCCUUGGCCUCUUAAACUGCUGGGAUGACAGGUGUGUGCCACCAUGCCCAGCCUACAGUUCUUAUUGUUUUAUUAUUGUGGUGUUUCUCUGGGGUUGGGGAAAAUUUUUCUUCUAAUUAUAUUUUCCAGACACUGUCUAGAAUUAUCAGACGUGAUAUGAACAUAUAAGGUGCCAACCAGAAUUUACUCUAGAGGUGACUUUCCCUCUCAGGUUUCCAGUCAACUCACAAAUUUUCUGCAAGGUGCCUGCUUUCUCUUAAAUAUGCAGACAGAAUUGUAUCUCUGCCUGUUUGGUACCUGUAGCUUUCUGUAGUCACUUCUAGAGACUAGACCAGAUUUCUACAAACUUUACAGGGCAGCAAUCAACCACUUUACCUUCUUCAGUAACUCUUGUAUCUUUAGUCCUGAAACUGACUUACAGACCAUGGAGUCCAGAAACCCAAUCAGAGUAAUGUGUUUACUGAGUAGAUGUUAGAAACAGGUACUCAGUGUUGUAUAGAAUCAACACUGAGACUAUGGAUCAGUCAGCAAGGCCAAUUGUUACUUUCUGCAGAAAGGGUGACACUCAGUAACAGUCUUGCCAUGAGAUCACACCUGAACAAAGGAAAUAGGAGCAUUUAUAACCUAGUGCAACCAUCCUACUGCUAUGUCCAGUUUCCACUGGCUGGAACAGAACCUCACCCUCUAAGCUUUACACUAUUGGCUGCCAACUUAAAAUUUUCCUAAAUAGGCAAAAGUAAGAAAGAACAAAGAAAAGAGGAAGUGACUUGUGGAAUGCUGAUAAAUGCAAAAGUACUACUUAAUAAGGGCAAAGGAGAAAACUAUGAUCUAAUGCUUCCCUAGGCUUUCCCAGACAUGUCAGGGCAGAUAUCUGGGGCAGCCAAGGAAACUUUGAAGAGGAACUUCUAUUUUAUUUUCUAUAAUUACUCCCUCUUUUAAUUUAUAAUUUCUCUUCAAACUUGUUCAAUAGUUCUUGACUUCUUUGGUCAGCUUGAUCUUCUAGCAGAAGAAAUCUUUUAGAAUAGGGUGGGAGAGGGGUUAGGGAUAUCUUGGUAAGAGUCAUAUCAAUUAGUUUCUGCACUAGCCUUCGAAUGCAGGGUGUAACACAACAUCUGACAAUAAGCAGUCCAGUGAGGUAAGAAUUGAGGUUAGGGUUUCUUUUCAUUUGCCAAACCAAUUUUCUAGCCAUUUUGAAAUGGGAUUAUUUAUGCCAGAAUUUUUGUUUGUUUCUUUCUUUUUUUAUGGAGCGCUUCGCGAAUUUGCAUGUGAUUCUUGUGCAGGGGCCAUGCUAAUCUCUGUAUCAUUCCAAUUUUAGUAUAUGUGCUGUCGAAGCAAGCACCAGAAUUUUUAGCUAAUUCAUUUGAUAAGGUCGUGAGUCCUUGCAAGGCCCAUGUUAUGCUUCCAUCUGGGGCUGUGUUAUUUGGGAUGGAAGUACAGCAUUGCGUUUUAAUCAUUACACAAACACCAUCUUUUUUAGCUAGUAUCGUAUCAAGAGCUAUCCUGUUUUCCCAUGCCAUUUAGCUAGUAGACCUUAACUUUUCUGCAAUUCCUUUAAUGGCAUCUUUUGUAUAGUUAACAAGUUGUUGUUGGUUAUAGUAAAUAUAAUUGAUCCAAUCUACAUUUUUGUUUUUUGUUACCUACCAAAAUAGUCCCAACUAAUAUCAGGUAGCUAUUUUAUCUCUAGCUUUCAACUCACUGGUUACUCAUCUGGGAACUCCAGUUGCAUCUAAAUAAACAUAAGAAUCAAAGAAUCCGGCCAGGCGCGGUGGCUCAAACCUAUAAUCUCAGCACUUUGGGAGGCCGAGGCGGGUGGAUCACAAGGUCAACAGAUCGAGACCAUCCUGGUCAACAUGGUGAAACCCCGUCUCUACUAAAAAUACAAAAAAUUAGCUGGGCAUGGUGGCGCGUGCCUGUAAUCCCAGCUUCUCAGGAGACUGAGGCAGAAGAAUUGCCUGAACCCAGGAGGCAGAGGUUGCGGCAAGCCGAGGUCACGCCAUUGCACUCCAGCCUGGGUAACAAGAGUGAAACUCCGUCUCAAAAAAAAAAAAAGAAAAGAAAAGAACCAAAGAAUCCAAAAGGAGUUUCUCUUGUAUGUUGGUAGCGGGUCUUGUCAAUUUUCAGCUGAUGAAAUGCAGGGUAAAAGGGAUAGCCAUUGGACUAGAGUGCAGUUACCACUCCAGUUAUUUGGCCCCCAACAAUAGCACCAUACAUUCGCUCAAGGAUGGAAGUCUGGUGGGUUAGCUCUUGGAAGUGCCUUACUUCACUGUAUCCUGUUAAGUUUCCAAGUAACACUAAGUUAUCUUCCUGCUGUGAAACAUGAAGCAAAUUCUGUCUCAGAAGAUGGUGGCUGAAUGGCCCUUGGGGGCUGCCCUGCAGGGUGCUGAACUUCAGGAUAUAGCAGGGAAAGGGCUUGGCACAAUUGGUUGUUCCUUGCUGUGGAAUCUUGGAAGAGAGACACCCCACACACUAAGUCUGUCUGAUGAGAGGACUAUUUAAGUGGAAAGGGGACAGUCUGGGCCUCUGGCCUACCAUGUGUAACAGUUGCUUUUGCUUAGAGUGCGGAUGGAAUAUUUAAUCAAUUUUAACCAUACAUUUGCAUCGUGAGACUCUGUCUCUAUACCUAAGGUUUGCUUUAGGUCAUUGAUUUUUGCUACUGAUACUUUUGUCUAUCAUUGAUAAAGGGAUAUUUGAAAUAGAUUUGAGGAGGGUAGAGGAGGAAGAGGCAGAAGAUAUAUUUCAAAUAUGCCCAAGGGAUCCUUCCCGUUGAUAUUUACCCCAAUACCAUAGAGGUGAUGGAUGACAGGCCUAAUUUCAGUAUUAAUAGGGUAAGUAAUAAAAAUAAAGAUUGGGUUACUUUGGUAAGCUUUGCAAUCAGGGGAAAUGGCCUCUUUAGUGAAAUAAAGGUGAGGUUUAAGAUUAGUACAAACAACUCCUGUAGAUUUUUUUUUUUUUUUAUUGAGUGGUCCACAGGAUGUCACUCCAGCUUUUACAAGGUUACCAGUCAGUAGAAACAAGAAAUUGAUAUCUUGGUUGCAACUUACUGCAGUGAUGAGAGUUAUGGGCUAGUAGAUUGGUUAGAAGACUACUGCAUAAAUACUCUUCUGAGGAGGCUAACUGCCUCUGGCUAUGUAACUCUCCACAAUGCAUUACCAAGUAAGCAUCAAAUAUUACAUGUUAGGGAGAAGUUGAUCUGAUUACAUUAGUAAUAAAAUGAGGAGUAACGAGGAAAGAAAGAAAAAUAGAAAUAAAGAUACGUCAAGUUUUUCUUAACUUGAGCUUGGUAGAGAUUUGUCCUGGAAGUACAGGACUCUGAGGGCAUUGAUGCUUCCUCGACUCGAAGUUUGAAGGGUCUAUUCUUUUUCUGCUGUGCAAACAGUGGUCUUGGUAGUUAACAGCACAUAGUAGGAUCCUUCCCAAGCUGGCUUAAGUUUCUCUUUUUUCCACCCUUUACUGAAGACACAGUCUUCAGGUCAAUGCUGGUGCAUUAGAAAUUCUAGAGGUGCUGCUUGUGCUAAAAGACGUUUGGCUUUAAGGGAAGAAAAGGUAGAGGAGAGACCAAAUAUAUAAUUUCUGAGAAACUGAUCUUUGGUUUCUAAUGUAGGGACAUCAGCUGAAGAAUGUAAGGCAACCCAUAUAGCAUCUUAUAGGGAGAUGAGCCUAUGUCCUUCCGAGGAGCUCUUCUGAUUCGUAUUUUUUUGAGAUGGAGUUUUUGUUCUUGUCCAUGCUGGGGUGCAGUGGAUCUUGGUUCACCUCAACCUCUGCCUUCCAGGUUCAAGUGAUUCUCUUGCCUCAGCCUCCCUAGUAGCUAGGAUUACAGGUGCUCACCACCAUGCUGGCUUUUAUAUUUUUAGUAGAGACAGGGUUUUGCCAUGUUUGCCAGAUUGGUCUUGAUCUCCUGACCUCAUGAUCUGCCUGCCUCAGCCUACCGAAGUGCUGGGAUUACAGGCGUGAACCACUGCACCUGGCCUGUUCUGAUUCUUAAUAAAGCAAUAGAAGACAUUUUAGUCCAUGGGAGUUUCUAAAUUAAUUUGGUUAAAUGAUUUUUAAGAGUUUGAUUCGUUUCUCUCUCAAUAUUUUCUGUUAUCCCAAAUCUAGGUACAAUGUGCUCAAGGCUUUUACUGCAUUAUUAGCAGUGGCCUUUGAAAAAGGAGUAGCUUCCCUCCAAUGUGUAAGAUGAUCAGCUAUCACUAAUAGGUAUUUUAGUCAACCUACUAUGGUAUUUCAGUGCUGUCAACUUGAACACUUUGGAGUGUGUUUAUCCUAAAAGUAAUUUCUUUAGAGCCUGCUUGUUUGUUUUCUUGCAGAUGAGACAUCUAUCUUUAGCUUGACUGGCCAGAGUGUCCUUAGACUCUAAGAACUGCAUCACACAGGGCCUCAGGGCCCCAAUGUGUUCCUUGGUGUAGGGACUGCUGACAUUUAGAGAUGUGGCCAUAGAAUUCUCUCUGACAGAGUGGCAAUUCUUGGACACUGCACAGCGGAAUUUAUAUAGGAAUGUGAUGUUAGAGAACUACGAAAAUCUGGUCUUUCUGGGUAUUGCUGUCUCUAAGCCAGACCUGAUCACCUGUCUGGAGCAAGAAAAAGAGUUUUGGAAUAUGAAGAGACAUGAGAUGGUGGAUAAACCCCCAGUAAUGUGUUCUCAUAUCAUCCAAGACCUUUUGCCAGAGAAGAACAUAGAAGAUUCUUUUCAUAAAGUUACACUGACAAGAGAUGAAAAAUAUGAACAUACAAAUUUUCUCUUAAAAGAAGACUGUAAAAAUGUGGAUGAGUAUAAGGUGCACAAAGAAGGUCAUAAUGAACUUAACCAAUAUUUGCCAACUAUCCAGAGCAAAAUAUUUAAAUGUGAUAAAUGUAUGAAAGUCUUUUAUAAAUUUUCACAUUUAAAUACACAUAAGUUAAGACAUACUGAUAAGAAACCUUUCAAAUGCAAAGAAUGUGGCAAAUUAUUGUGUAUGCUUUUACAUCUAACUCAACAUAAAAGAAUUUAUACUACAGUGAAUUUUUACAAAUGUGAAGAGUGUGGCAAAGCUUUUAACUAUCGCUCAGCUCUUACUACACAUAAGAUAAUUCAUACUGGAGAGAAACCUUAUAAAUGUGAAGAAUGUGGCAAAGCUUUUAAUCGGUAUGCAAACCUUACUAGACAUAAGAGAAUUCAUUUUGGAGUGAAACUCUACGAAUUUAAAGAAUGUGGCAAUGCUUUUAAUCAAUCCGCAAACCUUACUACAUAUAAGAUAAUUUAUACUGGUGAGAAACCCUACAAAUGUGAAGAAUGUGGCAAAGCUUUUAACUAUCGCUCAACCCUUACUACACAUAAGAGAAUUCAUACUGGAGAGAAACCCUACAAAUGCGAAGAAUGUGGCAAAGCUUAUACAGAACCUGCAGCCCUUAAUAGACAUAAGAAAAUUCACACUGGAGUAAAACCAUACAAAUGUGAAGACUGUGGUAAAGCUUUUACAUACUCUGCAACCCUUACUAGACAUAAGAUAAUUCAUACUGGAGAAAAACCAUACAAAUGUGAAGAAUGUGGCAAAGCUUUUAACAAAUCCUCAAUGCUUACUACACAUAAUAGAAUUCAUACUGGAGAGAAACCCUACAAAUGUAAGGAAUGUGACAAAGCUUUUAACCAAUCCUCAAAACUUGGUAAACAUAAGAAAAUUCAUAAUGGAGAGAAAACCUACAAACAUAAAGAAUGUGGCAAAGCUUUUAAUCAGUCCUCAAAGCACAAGAUUAUUUAUACUGAUGAGAAACCCUACAAAUGUGAAGAAUGUGGCAAAGCUUUUAACUAUCGCUCAAACCUUACUACACAUAAGAGAAUUCAUACUGGAGAGAAACCUUACACAUGUGAAGAAUGUGGCAAAGCUUUUAACCGGUUUGCAAACCUUACUAGACAUAAGAAAAUUCAUACUGGAGAGAAACCCUGCAAAUAUAAAGAAUAUGACAAAGCUUUUAAUCAAUCCUCAAACCUUACUACACAUGAGAUAAUUUAUACUGGUGAGAAACCCUACAAAUGUGGAGAAUGUGGCAAAGCUUUUAACUAUCGCUCAACCCUUACUACACAUAAGAGAAUUCAUACUGGUGAGAAACCUUACAAAUGUGAAGAAUGUGGCAAAGCCUUUAACCAGUUUGCACACCUUACUAGGCAUAAGAGAAUUCAUACUGGAGAGAAACCCUACAAAUGCGAAGAAUGUGGCAAAGCUUAUACAGAACCUGCAAUCCUUACUAGACAUAAGAAAAUUCACACUGGAGAAAAACCAUACAAAUGUGAAGACUGUGGCAAAGCUUUUACAUACUCUGCAACACUUACGAGACAUAAGAUAAUUCAUACUGGAGAAAAACCAUACAAAUGUGAAGAAUGUGGCAAAGCUUUUAACAAAUUGUCAAUGCUUACUGUACAUAAGAGAAUUCAUACUGGAGAGAAACCCUACGAUGUAAAGAAUGACAAUUUUUUAACCAGUCCUAAAACUUGGUAAACAUAAGAAAAUUGAUACUGGAGAGAAACCAUACACAUCUGAGGACUGUGGCAAAGCUUUUAAGAAAUCCUCAAUGCUUACUGCACAUAAGAGAAUUCAUAGUAGAGAGGAACUGUACAAAUGUGAAGAAUGUGGUCAGCUUUUAACUAUUGCUCACACCAUACUACACAUAACAGAAUUCAUACUGGAGAGAAACCAUACAAAUGUGAAUAAUGUGGCAAAACUUUUAACUAAUUCUCAACCCUUAUUAAACACAAGAGAAUACAUACAGGAGAGAAAUUGUAUAAAUGUGUAGAAUGUGGCCAAGAUUUCAACUGAUCCUCAGCACUUACUGAACAUAAUAGAAUUCAUAUUGGGGAGCAACCUUACGAACGUGAAGAAUGUAACAACGCUUUCAAUCCAUCUGCAAACAUUAACCCUAAGAAAAUUUAUGCCAGUGAGAAACUACAAAACCAGAAUGUGUGACAAUUUUGACAACACCUCAACCUUUUCUAAAUAUAAAAGUAAUCAUACUGGUGACAGAUUAUAGAAAUGUGAAGAAUGUGACAAAACCUUCAAAAUGUCUGACUUAUUUUUAAGUAAGAUAAUUUUUACUGGAGAAAACACAAAUGUAAACAAUAUUGUGAAACUUCUAAUUAAUGUUCACAACUUACUGCACAGGAAUGCACUUCAGAAAAAUUGUACAAAUAAAAAUAAUGUGAAAUAACCAUUAAUAUUUGAUCACAUCCUACUCAACAGAGAGCUGGUAAAUAAAACAUAUAAAUGGAAUUACUGUAAUAUAUAAAAAUAUAUAUGUAUAAAUGGAAUUACUGUAAUACAUAUAUACUACAGUAAUUCCAUUUAUUAUAUAUAAGCCUUUAAAGAAGAGGCCGGGUGUGGUGGCUCAUGCCUGUAAUCCCAGCACUUUGGGAGGCUGAGGUGGGUGGAUCAAGGGGUCAGUAGUUCAAGACCAGCCUGGCCAACAUGGCCAUAGAAACACCAUCUCUACUAAAAAUACAAAAAUUAGCCAGGCAUGGUGGUACACACCUGUAAUCCCAGCUACUUGGGAGGCAGAGGCAGGAGAAUUACUUGAACCUGGGAGGUGGAUAUUGUGGUGAGCUGAGAUCACACCACUGCACUGCAGCCUGGGUGACAGCAAGACUCCAUCUCAGAAAAAAAAUAAUAAAGAGUAUUCAUUUUGAAGACAAAGAUUACAAAUAUAAAGAGUGUUCCAGUAGCUUUACUUGUAUCACAGAUUUGAUUGUACACAUUUGUACUAGAGAAAAACCCUGUAGCAGUUUCUCAAACUUUGUUCCACAUCAGGAAAUUUAUAUUGGGGGAAAAAAAUCUUGCAAAUGUUAUAAAUUUGGAGAAAAAUUGUUUCAAUAACUAUUGCUUAGAAAACACCAGAGGUUUCAUACUAAAGUAUAUUUUUGCAGAUGUACUAAAUGUGAAAGAAUGUUUAAUCCAAAAUGAAGUCUAUGUAAAUAUCAGAAAAUUCCCAGUGGAAAUACCUAAGGCAGUGACGCUAUAGACAUUACAGUAAAUCAGAGUGCUGAGUAUAGAAAACAAUCAGAACUAAAGUUGGUAAAUAAAUUAUUUGUAUGUCACUUUAAAAGAAGUAGAGUUUUUUAAAUGUUAUAAUUCCAUUCAAAGUAUACUUUUGUCCUUAAAAUUACAGAUAUUUUAAAACAUGAAUAAUGAUGCAAUUCUCUCAAAUUACUUCGUGCUCUUUUUUCAUUCCUACUGUAUUCACCUGUGAAAGCAUGUUACUAAGUGUUACUGCAUCAAAAAUGUAAGUUUUUUUUUUAAUUAGUAGGGAUAUGACCUUUUCUAUGGAAGGGAAAGGGAAUUAAAAUGUAAGACGUGAUGAAAUUCUAAGUGGAGAGACUCUUUGGUUAAGUAAUGCAUGAGUUAGGUGUUCAGAGUAAUAUUCUACAUAAUAGUGAUAACAUUUUAAAUUUUAGUUAAAAUUUAAAUUAGCAGUACAUUAUUUUAAUUAUGGUACUUUUAUGUAAUAGAAUAGAAAUUUUUAGAUUGUGUGAACUGAAUUUUUUAGUUAAAGUUUUAAAAAAAAGUUAAAACCAUUGAUCAUUCAAUAAAGUGUUAUUAUACCAUUAACUUUAACUUAGUCAACCUUACUCAACGAUGUAGGUAAAAGAUGGUAACAAUGUACUAUUUGUUAACACAAUGAACUAACAUUUCUAGUAAUCUCCUUUGCAGUGACUUUAAACUGCAGAGCAGUUAAGGAAUAUUGUUCCUAUAGGUUAAAUAUUUCUUCUUUUUCUCUUAUUUUAUUUUUCUUAAUUUUUGUGGGUCCAUAGUAUGUGUAUGCAUUUAUGCUGUAUAUAUAGCCUGUUUGAAUACAGAAAUAAAAAAGGUAAUAAUCACAUCAGGAUAAAUUAAGUAUUCAUCAUCUCCAGCAUUUAUCCCUUGUAUUAGAAAUGAAUUCUACACUUUUUGAUAUUUUAAAAUGUACAGUUAAAUUGUUAUUCAUUACAGGGUCAUCUUUUUGGUCAUAAUAAAAAUUAUGUACCAUUAUAAAAAUUUAUACACUUUGGAGUCCAGAAUAAACUUAAAAAUUGUUAAUUUUUUUGAAAACAUGGUAUCUCUGCCUGCAAACUCAUACAGACUUUUAGUUUUGAUUUACAGAGUUAAAUACACACAUACAUUAUUCUAAAAAUAAACCUUAAGUUUAAGAAAAUUAUGGAGUAAGUCAUCAUGUUUGUAUAAAUUUGUACCUUUUUCUCAGAAGAAAAAAUUAUUGGAACAAAAUGAAUUAUUUAAAUUUAAUAAUCAUUGUAUUACCAAAUAGUAUAUUGUUACCAUCUUUUACCUAUAUCCUUGAGUAAGGUUGGCUAGGUUAAAACUAACUAGAAAACUAAAAACCUCAAAAUGAUAAAAGCAAAUCUAUGCCCUCUGUUUAUAUUGAAUUUAUUACUGUAAAAUCUUAUGGCUAAUUAAUAUUCUCAUGCAAAUUUGCUGUCUUUACUUGUCUAGUACUCAUGGUAGAUCUAUAAUUUUCUUGUUUCUUAUACUUUUUUCUUUCAUAGUUUCUAAGGUUUUCAUUAUGUGAGCUGGUCAAGGAUUGUAUGAAUGGUUUUUAUAAAAUUUAGUAGUGCACACAAAAUAAUUUCUAGAUAUAAGCCCUAUAUCUAGAUAUAAAAAAAUAAUAUUUUAUUGAAUUAGAACAUUUUGUUCUUUUAAUUGGAGAACCCUAUGUAAGCCUACUUUUCUUUAAUUAUUGUUCCUUUCACUUUUUAUAAUUGGCAGAAGUAAAUUUACCAAUUUGCUCAGGGAGGUUUACCAAUAAGUACUAGAGAGGUUUCAUAAGUCAUGAGCAUGUUUAUGUAUACAAAUGUAGCAAACAAACAUGACAGUGCUUGCUGUGUAACAGAAGUUCCACAAUAAGCUGUAAAUAUCCUUGCUGGAGUUAGUUUGUGAUUUCAAGUCAGAGAUGGAAAAUAUCGGUGGUAAAGAAAAACAUUAAUUCUUCAUGUGGAGCGAACAUUUUUCCAGGUGGUAACAAUACAUUAUUUGGUAAUAUAAUGGACUAACAUCUUUAGUAAUGUCUUUUGCCAGUGGCUUUAAACUGCAAAAUGUUAAAGAGUAUUGUUCUUGUAGGUAAAAUUUUCAUUAUUUUUUUGUCAUUAAAAUAUUCUUACAUUUCGUGGGUCAUUUAUAUGUGUAUGGAUUCAUGUUAUAUAUGGCAUAUUCUGAUACAGGCAUACAAUAUAUAACAGGAGGGUAAACGUGGUAACCAUCACCUCUAGAAUUUAUUCUUUGUAUUACAAUUUCAUUCUACAAUUUUAGUUAUUUUAAAAUGUGCAAUUAAAUUGUUAUUGGCUGCAGGGUCAUUUUAUGGUCAUAAUAAAUACUACAUACAAGUAUAAAUAAAAUUUACAUAUUUCCGAUCCCUGAAUAAAUACUUUAAAAUUUU